CCAACGUGCUAAUUUACGUUUUCAACGUUCACAGAAAACUUGCAUUACCUAGCAUGAAAUAAGGACAGCAAAUUAAAAUUACCUACUGGUAGGUAAUGGAUUUUAAGUGUGUUAGGUUUUUUGGAAGUUUGUUUUGCUAAGUAAAGAUGGUAAAAGUUAAACGGAAAUAUCCUGAGCAACCGGUUCAGCAGGAAGCAAAUGACAGUGGUUCCGAUUACGACGUGGAACACAGUUUCAAGCCAACGCCAACAGUGAAAACAUUGAACGAAGAAUUCCCACUCCCAAAGCAAGUGCGAAAAAACGUUAACAAACGGAGUAGAGCCGAUACCGACAGUGAAUCUGAGGACCAAUCGAGUAGCGAUGAUGACGAUUCCGACGGAAAUCUGCCUACACUAACAAAAUCACAGCUAGCUGCCAUUCUGCAGGCAAUCAAAAGUAACAAACGAUUAGUGUUGAACAUUUCGAACGUGGACUUUUCUACCGCUAAGGAGGAGAUAGAGGAGCACUUCCGGAAAGCUGGUCGUGUUAAAAGCGUUCGCAUUCCAAAACGAAGAGCGUCCGGGUUUGCGUUCGUUGAAAUGCUGGAUCCGGAGGGUUUUCAGAAAGCGUUUCUUCUAGACGGAAGCUAUCUCGACGGACGGCAGAUUCGGGUUCGUCUAUCCGAAAGUGGAAAAAAGAAGUCUCAUCAAAAGAUUUUGCUACUUGAGAAGAAAAAUGCGGAAAUCCGAAAGCUGAGAAAAAAGAACCGAACGCAACCGGAAGCCGUGGAUAUAACUCUGGUUCCAAAGGUCCAACCAAAAGAGAUUGAGAGGGAUCCAAUUUUGGACAAGAGGAAAACAAAACCUCCCACGAAAAAACAGAUGAAAGCACACAACAAGCGGGUGUCGAUGAAGGCAAAAUAUAGAAAUCUAGCUAAAAAGGGAAUAAAGGUUUAGACAAACAUCAAAUUUUUAUGUUCA